GAAAAAGUGAUGAAGUGGUGUAACGGAGAGAGUAGAGAUAUUCUUCCCCGUUCAUUCUCUCUUCUCCCCCCCGUCUCCUUCUCCCUUCCUCUCUCGGCGCGGCGGCGAUAUCCGCUUCUAUCGAUCUAAUUUCUCGAGAUCCAGAUCUGAGACCCUCAGGCGGGUGCGUGGCAGCGAUGCUGACCAAGUUCGAGACGAAGAGCAACCGGGUGAAGGGGCUGAGCUUCCACAGCAAGCGGCCCUGGAUCCUUGCCAGCCUCCACAGCGGCGUUAUCCAGCUAUGGGACUACCGGAUGGGCACACUCAUCGACCGUUUCGAUGAGCAUGAUGGCCCCGUCCGAGGCGUCCACUUUCACAAGUCCCAGCCUCUUUUCGUCUCUGGAGGAGAUGACUAUAAGAUUAAGGUCUGGAAUUAUAAGACACACCGGUGCCUGUUCACCCUUCUUGGGCAUCUUGAUUACAUCCGCACUGUUCAGUUCCACGAUGAGCACCCAUGGAUCGUUAGUGCAAGUGAUGAUCAAACUAUUAGGAUUUGGAACUGGCAAUCUCGAAACUGCAUUUCGGUGUUGACCGGGCACAACCACUAUGUCAUGUGCGCCUCAUUCCAUCCGAAGGAGGACCUGAUUGUGUCUGCAUCUUUGGAUCAGACGAUCCGUGUUUGGGAUAUUAGUUCACUGAGGAAAAAGGUUUCCCCAGCUGAUGAUAUCCUGCGUCUGGGACAGAUGAAUGCAGAUCUGUUUGGAGGUGUUGAUGCUGUUGUCAAAUAUGUCUUGGAAGGCCACGAUCGUGGAGUCAACUGGGCAUCUUUCCAUCCGACCUUGCCGCUUAUCGUCUCUGGUGCAGAUGAUCGGCAAGUGAAACUGUGGAGAAUGAAUGAUUCAAAGGCUUGGGAGGUGGACACACUGAGAGGCCAUAUGAAUAAUGUCUCUAGUGUCAUGUUCCAUGCAAAGCAGGACAUCAUUGUAUCUAACUCAGAAGACAAAAGCAUUCGCAUUUGGGAUGCGACAAAGCGAACGGGUAUUCAAACAUUUCGUCGUGAACAUGACCGUUUCUGGAUUCUCGCUGCACAUCCAGAAAUGAAUCUUCUUGCAGCUGGCCAUGAUAGUGGCAUGAUUGUUUUCAAAUUGGAGAGGGAACGACCUGCUUUCUCAGUCAGCGGAGAUGCCCUAUACUAUGUAAAAGAUCGUUUCUUGCGAUUCUAUGAGUUCUCGACCCAGAAAGAUACUCAGGUGGUUCCUAUAAGGAGACCUGGUUCUGUCAGCUUGAAUCAGGGACCCAGAACACUGUCUUUUAACUCCACAGAGAAUGCUGUCUUGAUCUGUUCUGAUGUCGAUGGGGGGUCUUACGAGCUUUAUAUCGUUCCUAAGGACACUGCUGGAAGGGGUGACUAUAUGCAAGAUGCAAAGAAGGGAGCUGGAGCAUCAGCUGUUUUUGUAGCUCGUAAUAGAUUUGCUGUUCUCGACAAGACUAGCAAUCAGGCCAUAGUUAAGAACCUUAAAAAUGAGAUUGUGAAGAAGUGCCCUCUCCCAAGUGGUACAGAUUCAAUAUUUUACGCAGGCACUGGUAACUUGUUGUGCAGGGCUGAGGACAAGGUGGCUAUUUUUGAUCUCCAACAGAGGAUUGUCCUUGGAGAACUUCAAAUUCCACCUGUUAAAUACGUUGUUUGGUCAAGUGACAUGGAAUCUAUUGCUUUGCUGGGUAAACAUGCUAUAGUAAUUGCUAAUAAGAAACUUGUACACCGUUGUACAUUGCAUGAGACUAUCCGUGUGAAAAGUGGUGCCUGGGAUGACAAUGGUGUCUUCAUCUAUACAACGUUAAAUCAUAUCAAGUAUUGCCUUCCUAAUGGGGACAGUGGAAUUAUAAAGACACUUGAUGUUCCUAUUUACAUAACCAGGGUUUCUGGAAGAACUAUCUAUUGCUUGGAUCGUGAUGGGAAGAACUGUGUGAUAUCAAUUGAUUCAACAGAGUAUAUCUUCAAGCUCUCUCUGUUUCGGAAAAGAUAUGAUCAUGUAAUGAGUAUGAUCAGGAACUCUCAGCUAUGCGGACAAGCUGUCAUUGCAUACCUACAACAGAAAGGUUUUCCUGAAGUAGCACUCCAUUUCGUGAAAGAUGAAAAGACUAGAUUCAACCUGGCUCUUGAGAGUGGUAACAUCGAAAUAGCUGUUGCUUCAGCAAAUGUGAUUGAUGAUAAGGACCAUUGGUAUCGGUUGGGUGUUGAGGCACUUCGGCAAGGAAACACAAGUAUUGUGGAAUAUGCAUAUCAGAGGACAAAGAACUUUGAGAGGCUAUCUUUCCUUUAUCUUGUUACUGGUAACAAGGAGAAGCUGUCCAAAAUGCUCAAAAUAUCUGAAUUGAAGAAUGAUAUCAUGGGCCAGUUUCAUAAUGCCAUGUAUCUUGGUGACAUUCAGGAACGUGUCAAGAUUUUGGAAAAUGCUGGUCAUCUGCCUCUUGCAUAUGUUACAGCUGUCACUCAUGGAUUAAAGGAAGUUGCUGACAGGCUCACUGCUGAAUUGGGAGAAAAUAUUCCCUCUUUACCCAAAGGAAAAGUGUGUUCUCUUCUGAUGCCACCGGCAUCACUCGUGUGCCGUGGGGAUUGGCCUUUACUAAAGGUAAUGAGAGGUAUUUUUGACAAUGGGCUAGACGUUGGGAGGGCAGGAAAUGAGGAAGAGGAGGAAGCUACUGGUGCUGAAUGGGGUGAUGAGGAAUUGGACAUUGUUGAAAUGGAGGGCAUGCUGCAAAAUGCUGAUAUAGUAGCAGAACUUGAAGAUGGGGUAGUAAAUGAAGAUAGUGAGGAGGGUGGAUGGGACCUUGAGGAUUUGGAAUUACCACCAGAUGCAGAUACACCAAAAGCUGCUGGAAAUGUUCGCACUUCAUUAUUUGUUGCUCCUACACCUGGCAUGCCUGUUAGCCAAAUCUGGAUUCAGAAGUCUUCCCUUGCAGGAGAGCAUGUGGCAGCUGGGAAUUUUGACACUGCCAUGCGCUUGCUUAGACGACAGUUGGGUAUAAAGAACUUUGCUCCUAUGAAGCCAUUGUUCAUGGAUCUUCUUGUGGGAAGUCAUACCUAUAUGCAUGCCUUUGCCUCAGCCCCAGCUAUAUCAAUUGCUGUUGAGAAAGGUUGGAGUGAGGCUUCCAGUCCUAAUGUGAGGGCCCUUCCAGCACUUGUAUUCAACUUUUCACAGAUGGAUGAGAAGCUCAAGGCAGCUUAUCGAGCCACAACAGAGGGAAAGUUUCCAGAAGCUUUACGCCAGUUUCUCAACAUCUUGCAUACCAUCCCACUUAUCGUAGUAGACUCAAGGAGGGAAGUUGAUGAAGUGAAGGAGCUGAUUGAGAUAGCUAGAGAGUAUGUUCUGGGCUUGAAAAUGGAGGUCAAAAGAAAGGAAAUCAAGGACAAUGCAGUUCGACAGCAGGAGCUGGCAGCCUAUUUCACCAACUGUAAGCUUCAGAAUAUCCAUAUGAGGCUUGUCCUCAUUAAUGCUAUGACUAUCUGCUAUAAGGGAGGGAACUAUGCAACAGCAGCAAAUUUUGCCAGGAUGCUUCUGGAGAAUAGCCCCACUGAAAUCCAAGCAAAGAAGGCUAGGCAGGUGCUGCAACAUGCUGGUGAUAAACAGGAUGCUAACCAGCUCAAUUAUGAUUACAGGAAUCCUUUUGUAGUUUGUGGGACAACUUAUGUUCCAAUCUAUCGUGGGCAGAAGGAUGUUUCCUGCCCUUAUUGUGGGGCUCGGUUUGUGCCAGCCAUUGAGGGGCAGCUUUGUUCUGUUUGUGAGCUUGCAAUGGUGGGUGCAGAUGCCUCAGGUCUACGUUGCUCUCCUACUCAAGCAAAAUAAUUGGAAACAGGUAUAACUACCAGCUGUGACUUUCACAUCCGUUCAUUAUUGAAUCGAUACUCAUUGGUCAGAGGCGCAUCCUGGCUUCCAUUUAGUUUCUCUAGCCAUAGGUCUUGCUUAAAAGAGUGUCUGCGGUUUCAGCCAUGAGCAUCUAUAGCUUCGGCAUUUUACUUUGGUUACAGCAAAAGUUGGAUUCUUUUUCAUCGAGGCACUGGAGCUGGCGUUUUUUCCCCUGAGCGUAAAGUUUGGAGCCGCAUUGGCAUUUGCUUCGAAUGUCAUUGAUCAACUGUUGGGUGCAUGGGAGAGUCUUCUAGCUGCCAUCUUCAAAAAUCCGGUCACAUAUUCAGGGUAAGUUGUGCCCUGGCAACACCUUUUUGCUUCCUUUUUAUCUUUCUUUGUUCUUUUGAAAGAGGACUCCCAGUUAUUGAUCCUUGUUAUUGUCCAUGAGAUAACGGUGGUUGUUGGCACAGUAUCUCAAUCUUGAGAAUAUUUUUUGAUAAGAAUAUUUAGAGUAUUUGAUGAGUGUUUUGACCAGUUGCAUCCUACACUUUUCAGGCCUGAAUUACACAUGUAUAAGCUAAUAUAGCAGGCUGACUACAACCAAAUUCUUGGUGAAUUGUACUUCUUAUAACAAAAAUAUUAUCCAUUUUCUUCUA